CGGGUUCGACGACCCCAACAGUCGCGAAUUUUCAUUGGAGCUGGUUCUCGUAACCUUACACAGUCCAGCGACUCAGGCUUCGAUCCACUGUCUGGUUAAAUCAAGUUCGAUCUACUUCGAGGGUCAACUUCGCUGUCAUAAGGCCUAGAAGAGUCGGAACGAAUCCUGAAGACGGAACAUUGGGGGCUAUUGGGAGGUCAUGGAAGCCGCAAUUCUAGUGAUCCUGUCCGAACUUUAUGUUGAUAAUGGUCUAGAGAGGGGCUACUGUACAUACUUGUUGGGACCAUCGAAACUAAGACUCGGACUAUGGAAUUCGAAGCCGAAGGUCGAAAAUCAGACAAGAACCCUCUGAAAUCCACGACGACAGUUCCAAGACCAUAGUUUUGCACCGGGAGGUGGUGUACAUAGGAUCGCUCCCAAGCUCGUUUUCGCGGGUCGGGGUCUCGUCGCUCCAGGCUGGUAGCUGUUAUGGAUAGAGAUUUGUGUACUGCUGUUGUUGAUAAUAAUUAAAACUGUUACUCAGGAAUCGUUAUUUUUGAACCCAAGCUUGACUUCCUGAAAAUCCAGUUUGCGUUAGAAACAUCAUUGGCUCAGUGGCUGCCGGCUUUACUCUGUCGUGGAUUGGGCUUUCCGUCACGCGCUUCUACACUUGACCAACAACCACAACGUUCUCUAAUUUCCUAACCAUGGAAUAUUGGAAUGGGCACGGCGGAUAUUACGAUAACGGAGGGUAUAUGGAAGAAGAUAUGCCAGAGUACAUGGGAGAAGAUGGAAUGCAUCUGGAAGAACAACUUUCAGACGAAAUUAUGAACUCCUCCCCUUCCCCUCCCGAACGUUUAGGCAACAACGGUCAUCACCAACAAUACCAGUCAUUCGACGAUAUAGAGGAAUACCCUGAAAUUCACUCCUCCCAACAGCAAGCCUAUCUCUAUUCAGCGCCUCGCCAACCCUAUCAUCAAGAUCCUGCUUUUUAUGCUCAGCCAAAUUCACGCCAAUUUUACGAAGCCUCUCGAACUCGAUUCCCUUUGAACCCGCAGCAUGUACAAGCUUUCCGAUGCAGUCGAUCUGUAGUGCAGUCACGGACUCCAUUUACACCAGUAAAAGAACGCGUCAACGCUGUCACUAACCCUGAAUCGGAGAUCCAGUGUUCUCGUGAAGAUGUUCCAUUUUCCCAGUCAUCGAUCCCUAGUAGCACCCCUCAAAUAGGAAAGCGAAUCAAGCUUCGUCCUGUUUCUGAACUUUCCGAUAUGUAUCGUGCUAUAUUCAAGUUUGGCGUGUUUAAUGCGGUCCAAUCCUCAUGUUUUGACGACCUACUUCAUUCAUCGGAAAACCUGGUCGUCAGUGCGCCAACAGGCAGUGGGAAAACAGCUCUCUUUGAACUGUCCAUCAUCAAGAUGCUCAAACAGGCGAAUGAGGAAGGUCAAAAAUCAAAAUGUGUCUAUAUCGCUCCGACUAAGGCACUCUGCGGAGAGCGCUAUCGAGACUGGGCGAAUAAAUUUGACCCUUUAGGUAUCAAAUGUUACGAGCUGACAGGCGAUACUGUCCAUUUUGGGAAAGGCGUAUGGGGGGAUGCGAAGGAUGCGAGCAUCAUAGUGACAACCGGUGAAAAAUGGGAUAGUCUCACAAGGAAUUGGGCAGACCACAGUCAAAUUCUCUCUUCUAUACGGCUUUUCCUUGUGGACGAAGUGCAUAUCCUUAACGAAUCGAGAGGGAGUACUCUCGAAGUGGUGGUUUCACGAAUGAAACUCCGCGGUUCAGCUGUCCGAUUCAUUGUUGUCUCCGCGACAGUACCCAAUAUACAGGACAUUGCCUCUUGGAUCGGGUCUAACCGUGUGGGAGGCAAAGGUGCCAAAGUAUUCGAGUUUGGAGAGGAAUUUCGUCCCUGUAAACUUACUCGCCAUGUUAUCGGCGUACACCGUCCAAAAGGACAGAACGACUUCGUAUUCUCGAAGAACUUGGAUUACAAACUCUUUGGUGCCUUGCAAACGCAUUCUAUCGGAAAACCAGUUUUGGUGUUCGUAUCGACCAGAAAGGGUGUGUUUGCCACUGCACAGCAACUUGCGAAAGACUACAAAGGGGUGGAGGAGAAGAGGCAGUCAUUGCCUUGGACUAAGCCGAUCAGGAUCGAUCAAGUAUUCACCGACAAGAGUCUUGCCGAGUUAGCGGCGCUGGGUAUUGGUGUGCACCAUGCCGGCAUGACCUUGGACGAUCGCAGGGCAAUGGAAGACCUUUUUCUCAGGAGAAUAAUCCGUGUCAUGGUUGCGACGUCGACUUUAGCAGUCGGAGUAAAUCUUCCUGCACAUACCGUCGUCAUUAAAGGCGUCCAUACCUUCCAGAAUAAUGCGUCAGUUGAAUACUCUGAUUUGGACAUAAUGCAAAUGCUCGGUCGAGCGGGGAGGCCCCAGUUUGACAAAGAGGGAGUUGCUAUCAUUAUCUGCGAAACCGAGUUAGAACACAAGUAUCAAACGCUUGUUCAAGGGAAAUCGAUUGUCGAGAGCUCUUUGCAGAAUAAUCUCGAGGAACAUCUCAAUUCCGAGAUUGGUCUCGGAACAAUUACGAACAUUACGUCUGCUAAAGAGUGGCUCAAAAGCUCGUUUUUAUACCAAAGAAUCCAGAAGAACCCAUCGCAUUAUUCCGUAAAUAAAGGUGAUAAUCAGACGUGGGAGGAGAAGAUGGACGACAUAGUGACCGGGGGUGUGGAAAGCCUAAGGGACUCUCAACUCAUUAUGCAGGCUGAAGAUGGCGAUGAAGAGACUCUCCAGAGCACCGAGUUUGGCGACAUAAUGAGCAAGUUUUAUAUCCGACAAAAGACGAUGUGUUCUAUUUUGGCGCUACCAGAAAUCCCCAGCCUACGCGAUGUGCUUGAGAUGGUCUCUAGUGCAGAGGAGCUCUCAGAGUCAAAACUCAGAGGAUCGGAGAAAUCAGUGUAUAACAAGCUUCGGAAGCACAAUGAUAUACGGUUUGAAGUCAAGAAAAUCGAGAAAACGGCUGAUAAGGUGUUCACACUGAUUCAGGCUGUUCUCGGUGGAAUAUCGCUCAAUGACCCGGAGUAUAAGACAGGAGACAGUCAGAUUCAUCUCGAGGCGUUCAGCGUUUUCCGUCAUCUUCCUCGAAUUGCUCGAGCCAUCGUCGAUGUCGGCAUAAUUCGCAGAAGAGGAGCGCAACUUAAGCACGGAUUGGAACUACUCCGUUGUUUUACUGCCAAGGCCUGGGAGAAUCGACCGGUUUCCCUCAAGCAACUCGAGUCUAUUGGCGAAAAAUCACUCAAAAUAUUGACUGAGCAUGGGAUUACUUCUCUGGAGAUCUUGCGCAAACAGGAUGCUCUUCGUCUGGAAAUGUUGCUCAACAGACGACCACCAUUUGGAUUGCAGCUGCUCGCAGCCGUUCGCGAAUUUCCUCUUUACUCUUUGAAAGUGGUCGAAAAAGAAGUGCACACCAGCGGCGGCAAAAAGCCCGUCGAGGUCGUCUUGGGCAUUAGCUGUGGUUUACUCGAAAAUCCGGGCGAAACCACUUCCAAGCACAAGAAAAUGAAGUCUCGAUUCACCAACAUGACUGUAGUUUUGACUCUCACCUCAGACUACCAGUUUGUCGAAUUUCGGCGAAUUCCGACGAAGGUCUUGAAAGACGAAAAACACUUCGAUCUCAAAGUAGCAUUGGACAAACCCAGCCAGUCGGUGACGGUCUAUAUGGUCUCGGAAACUUUCGUUGGUGUCACGGUGUCCAAGUCCUACCGUCCAAACAUACCGUCAAGUGAAUAUCCAACUAGAUGUACGAAACCUUCGACUAUAUUGGACAUGGAACUUGAUGGUUUGGAAGGCUGUUCGGACCUAUUCAGCAUGGACGAUAUCGACCAAAACGGGGAUGAAAUCCCGACCGAGAAAGGUCCAGACACAGUCGUUCCCAAAGACCUUGUUAAGACCAAACCUUCGAUCACCCCUGCCACUAAACUGCUAGAAAAGCAAAAGAACGUUAAGGCGAAGCUCUUGGUGGAAAAGGCGGAGUCAGAGAAGCUUCCGAACGGGAACUAUCGAUGCAACCACUCAUGCAAAGACAAGACCGCUUGUAGACAUCUUUGUUGCCGCGAAGGAACAGCUAAGCCACCAAGAUCUCAUCCAUCUGCUUCCCUCAAGUCCCCACAACCUUUGCAGACGAAACAAACUGUAAAGCCUCAACCUGCCCCCGCCAAAACUCAAAAGCUCAUGACUGGUCCGAAACACGAUCACACGCUGGAGGAUCUGGAAAAGUUGCACAAAGAAACAAAUGUUGAAGAAAACCUGAACAUGCGCAAGGGGCACCGUUUGAAACUAGAUCUGCUACGCUCAACUGGAACUCUGACUAACCGUAAGAAGAAGCCUAUGCCUACUCCUGAUUUCGACAUCAAGUUCUCCUGGAUCAAGGACGCGAAUCAAGGCGAAACAACGGACCGGACCUUAUCCGAUUUCAGUGACGAUGACGACCUGCCAGAGGCUGAUCACAUCUUCAGCUCGCUCGAAAAAGGCUUAUCUCAUAAACGAAAACAGUCUUCGGAUACCUUGUAUUCUGAUUCAGAAAUCGAUACGCUUAUUCUUCCUCAUGAAGAUGCUCACUCCAAAAGAAAGUCUUCAUACACUACCAGGCCUUCACCUCCUACAAGCCCCGCAAAACGCUUGAAAACCUCAAACAAGGAUACCAGAUCGACCGGCACACUCUUCCUUCCAGCUACCUCCGAUAAUGUUGAUGUUCCUGCUACGGUUGAUAUACCGGACGACGAAGAUGACGGUGUAGAAAUCCUCGAUUCUCCUGUAUAUGAUGAACCUCCCCCGAUGUUCAGUGGGAACAUCGAUGAUUUCACGUUGGACCUUCAAUGCCUUGGUACUUCGGACACGUCUGUGUCCUCUGAAGUUGACAACGCGUCUGUCGAGAUCAAUUUCCCCCCAAUGUCGCGUUCCUGGCGACAGAGGGUGCUGGAAACAACUGCCACCGAUUCUCCCGUCUGUAAACCAUCGCAUCGUGUUGAAGGUCAGGCUGGACCUGUAAAAAGUGAGACUGUGGAAAUUGAGAAAGGAACGGAGGAAACAGAAUCGGCGAAGGACGAGAUGGAGGAAGAAUUCGCUGCUUUGGAAGCUUGGUUGAAUAGUAGUGCGGUAGAGAUCAUCGAGGGUUGAUUCGGAAAC